UAAUCAAUUAUGAAGUGUUAUUCCACAUUAGAAUCUCUAUUAUUUUUGCUUUUUUUAAGCAAAGGGCCAGAAGAAAGGAUCAUCGGUGAAGACUGAAAAGAAGAAAAGAAAAAAACGCUUGGGGGUUCGCUUAUCCUUCUUCACGGUGUGACCUGAGAAUAAGAUCACGACACCGAACAAUCUCUACUCGAAGCCUCAUCUUUCAUCAUCAUGUGGAGAAGAAUCGUCUCCUCUCAUCUCAAAACCCUAGCCUCCGAUGUCGCCGCUGCUUCGCCUCGUCGAUCGGUAGCCGCCACCGCGAGGCCCGUUGGCUUCUAUCUAUCUGCAAAUCGAUCAGCCAUUUCUGCUUCUUCUUCCGUUAUCCCGCGCCAUUUCAGCUCCGAAGCAGCAGAGACGCUUGCGAAGAAGAAGGUGGAAGAUGUAAUGCCCAUUGCAACUGGACAUGAAAAGGAAGAGCUUGAAGCUGAAUUGGAGGGGAGGAGGCUUCUUGACAUUGACUUCCCUGAAGGUCCUUUUGGAACGAAGGAAGCUCCUGCUAUUGUGAAAUCCUACUACGACAAGCGAAUUGUAGGAUGCCCUGGUGGUGAAGGCGAGGAUGAACACGAUGUUGUGUGGUUCUGGCUCGAGAAAGGAAAGCAUUUUGAAUGCCCGGUUUGCACUCAGUACUUUGAGCUGGAAGUGGUUGGUCCUGGUGGGCCUCCCGAUGGUCACGGUGAUGAAGACGAUGAGCACCACCAUUGAGUCCGGCCUUUCCCUUGCCGCGAGAUUUCCUUUUCAUUUUCACUUUCUUAAAAUAUUUUUAGAAUUUUUUUAUGAAUUGGUUUGGAAUAAUAAAAAAUAUAUAUGCCGCUGGUGAAAACAAACAGUUGAAAAAUAAUUUUGAUCCUUUAAGAAGAUUAAGACUCGGUAUCUGAGUUUCCAAGUGCCAAAAGGCCCAAAACUCUCACGACCGUUGUUUUUUGUUUUUGUCUUUUGUAACAACUCUUGAAUCAGAAUCAUUCUUGCCUUUUGCUUA